AUGGCAGCCACCGACUCGAGCGCGGCCCUGUUCGACCGCACCAACGCGCUCCUCUCGACGUACCAUCAGCAAACACUCGCGUCGACCAAGCUCGUCGAGGGCGUCCAGGUGCGAGGGCGCGCGCAGCAGGGGCAGCAGCAGGGGCAGCAUGGGCAGCAGGGGCAGGCGCACACGGACAACGUGACGCGGUGGACGCAGAGGGGGGACGCGACGGGCCAGAUCAACGAGGCGGGCUUGGUCGUCGACGCGAUGGACCAGCAGCGCAUCGACGAGGACCUCAAGGUGUUCAAGGACCACGUCUCGAUGCUCAAGUUUGCCUACCUCGAGUCGAACGCCAAGCUCGAGUUCAUCAACCACAUCCUCGCGCCUGACGGCCACAAGCCCAUCUCGAAGGAGGCGAACGACGAAGUCGCCAAGAAGCGCACCGAGGCCAAGGCGGCGCUCAAGCAGCACAAGGAGCGCGCCGCCGAGCUCGAGGUCCUCAUUCGCGCCGAGGCAGAGCAGGUCGAGCAAGAGGCGAACCGCCGCAACGCCGAGGCCGAGCACGCGGCGCGCCUCUUGCGCGAGUGCGAGGCCAUGGAGACCGAGAUUGCCAUGCUCAAGAACAAGCGCACGGCGACCGAGCGCCUCACGGUCGACGAGGCGGCGGCCAUCUGCGACCGGCAAGAGCUCGAGCUCGUCGAGAUUGGGCAGCAGACCAAGCAGUGCGAGGACGCCAUGCGCGCCCUCAAGCCGCGCAUCAAGGCGAGUAAGAUCAACAUUGAGCGCUACGCCCAGACGGCCAAGCAGCUGCGCCGAGAGCAGGACGAGCGCGACGCAAAGGGCGUGCAGGACGUCCGCGCCGAGGAGGGCUGCGAGUGGCUCGACACGACGGCGGCGCUGUACAAGUCGCUCCUCGGGAUCCACAACGCGUACGCCGUCGGCUCGCCCGCGAGCGAGCUCGUGUUCGAGUACGGCGCGCCCGACGCCGAGCCGAGCGAGGUGCGGCGCAUGAGCGUGCAGCUCGACGCCAAGACGGGCAGGAUGACGGGCGCAAAGCUCCUCGACUCGUCCGAGGACAUUGGCGACAUCGUCGACGCGUACCUCGCGUCGCAGGACAUCCGCGCCCUCGUGCAGGAGAUCCGCACCCGGUUUGGCUGGUGA